AACGGUCUCGUAGCCGGCUAGCCGCAAGGAAGAGCAAAAUUUCUGGAGCCACUCGAAUAAAUUGUUGUAUGCGCUUCGGAACUUCGCUUGAAACUUGAAAGUGUGUCCUAAGCUCCGAAGCAGCGGAGACGAGAACAAAGAUUGUGAAAUCUAGACUAAUUCACCGCGAUUUCCAGAAAGAUAGGCAGAUAUGCAGAGAUUGAAGGCACUGGAAGCAGUGAGAUCUUCAUUUCGGCGUUCUUGUUCGUUUUCUAACCUGAGGAGGGGCUUUUCUGCUCUUCCAAACUAUGCUCAAACUGAGGAUCUUUCGGACCAGGUUAUAGUGAAAGGAAGGCCGAAAUCAAGAGCAGCUAUCCUCAAUAGACCAUCAGCUCUUAAUGCUCUCACUACUUCCAUGGUAGCUCGGCUAAACAGGCUUUAUGAGUCGUGGGAGGAAAAUUCUGAUAUCGGAUUUGUCUUGAUGAAGGGUAGUGGCAGGGCUUUUUGUUCCGGUGCAGAUGUUGUUGCGCUUUAUAAUUUAUCAAAUGAAGGGAAUAUUGAAGACUGCAGGAAGUUCUUUGAGACAUUAUACAAAUUUGUGUAUCUUCAAGGAACUUACUUGAAGCCACAUGUGGCAGUGUUGGAUGGUAUCAUGAUGGGAGGUGGGGCUGGGAUUUCCCUUCCAGGAAUGUUCAAAGUGGUGACUGAUAGAACUGUAUUUUCUCAUCCUGAGGUUCGAAUGGGUUUCCACCCUGAUGCUGGAGCUUCCUUCUAUCUUUCUCGUCUUCCUGGCUACUUAGGGGAGUACUUAGCUCUAACUGGUGAUAAACUCAAUGGUGUGGAAAUGAUUGUCUGUGGCCUUGCUACACACUAUUCGCUAAAUGCAAGGCUCAGUGGGAUUGAAGAACGCCUUGGUAAAAUGAUAACAGAUGACCCUUCUAUCAUAGAAUCAUCUCUUGCUGCAUACGGUGAUCUUGUCUAUCCUGAUAGGAGGAGUGUUCUUUCCAAGCUCGAUGCAAUCGAUAGGUGUUUCGGCCUCGACACUGUUGAGGAAAUUUUGGAAGCGUUGGAAAAAGAGGCUGCAAAUUCUUAUGAUGAAUGGUAUACUUCAACCUUGAAGUUGCUUAAAGAAGCCUCGCCAUUGAGCCUGAAAGUUACUUUAAGAUCUAUCCGUGAAGGUAGGUUUCAGAGUCUCGAUCAGUGUCUUGCUCGUGAAUACAGUAUAUCUCUUAAUGGAAUCUUAAAACAGGCAUCUCCUGACUUCUAUGAGGGUGUUCGAGCGCGGCUGGUGGAUAAAGACUUCGCUCCUAAGUGGAAUCCUCCGAGUCUAGACGAAGUGAGUAAAGACAUGGUAGACUGCUAUUUUUCACAGCCAGGCGAACUACCAGAAUUAGAGCUUCCCACAGCAUUGCGGGAACCAUUCAUUUGAGGUUUGUAAAAGGAUCCAAACCAUACUCCCGACGCCUGUCUGGUGGGGUAAUAUUUCUCUCUUCUUUACGACAUAUUUGUUACCUCGGUCAACUCAAUUUUCUCCUAUUUUUAGAUGAGGAAUUUCAUCUUUAAAGACCAUUUUGCUAGGUGUUUUUUAUUC